AUGUAUUCUUAGUAUUUAAUUUUAAAUCAAUAUAUAUUUAAAAUUAAUUUUACAAUAUUAAUUAAAAAUUUAAUAAAUAAAAUUUAUUAUAUUGAAAUAAAAUCUGUUGGAUUUUGGAGAAUGGGUGCAGUGUAUGCAGGAUAGUAUUAUAAAAGUAAUUGUAUACUUGUUGGAAAUGCCUAUCAUGGAAUGCGUCAUGCUGGUGGCUUUGGAAUGAAUACAGGCAUUUAAAUGCAUAAAAUUCAGUCUACAAAAUUAAAGAAUAAAAAGAUCUAUUAUAUUAUUAAGAAGAAAGAUAAUAAAUUAUAAAAGAUAAAUAGAACUGCUUUAAAAUUUUAUAAAAAAAUCUCUUGA